UGAUAGCAGAAUUGGUGGUACAGGGACAGGGCUCACUGACAGCAGCAGUGGCACUGGAGUAGUGCAGUCUGACAGCGGCACUGACACGGGGCACGGCUGACAGCUGCAGUGGCACGGGAGCAGGGCCGGCUAAAGAUGACAGAAGUAUACAAUGGACAGCGAUGGCCAGUCACUGCUACCUGACAGCAUCCUCUACCAGAUCUUCCUUAGCCUCAGCCCUACAGACCUCCUGUCUGCUGGUCUAGUCUGCCGGCGCUGGUACGCUGUAUCACGUGAUGACUUCCUGUGGAAAGAACUCUUCUACCAAUGUUACCGCGUGCAGCGACACAUUCCCCGUUACCCAGGCUCAACUUCAUGGCUGGAGGAGUUUCAGCGUCUUUGCGACACUGUGCCCUGUGUGGAGAUCCAGAGACUGAGGGAACACACUGACCAGGUCCUUCAUAUCAGCUUCUCUCACUCCGGAAGACUUUUUGCUUCCUGCUCCAAGGACUGCACUGCCAAGAUAUGGAACACCAGACACCCUAUCUCGCUCCUGCACAGCGCGAACAUGAAGCCAUACCACUGGAGCUACACACAGUUUUCCCAAUUCAACUCCGAUAACUCCCUCCUGCUGGUUUCCGGGGUCUUUGUAGGUCCUCACAACUCCUCCUCUGGAGAGAUUGCAGUAAUAAGCCUGGAUGACUUUACGCUUUUGUCGAGAGUAAGAAAUAAACCGUAUGACGUUUUCGGUUGCUGGUUAAAUAACACCCACCUUAUCUCAGGGAACCUGUAUCGCAUGGGAAGGGUCACAUCCUGCUCUGUUCUGUGGCUGAACAAUGCCUACCAGGGUGUGGAGUCUGAGAAUGUCAACGUGGUAAAGAGACUCUUCAAGAUCCAGAAUCUUAACGCUAGCACUAUCCGAAUGGUAAUGGUGGCUAAUUCCCCUGAAUUGCUGUCCGAGGCUGGAGAGCAGCGGGAUGAGAACACAGAAUGUCAGCCACGUCCAGAUCCACAGCCAGAGGACGAUGAAGUGGAUGAAGAAGAAAGAGACAUUGCAGGACAAGAGGCACCAAAUAAUGAUGCACUCCAGCUUUUCAUGGACAAUGUUGCCAAUGGUCAUAGAGAGUUCCAAGAACCUCUACAGUCUGAAGAGCAGUUUGAGACUAAAGUGGCCAAGUUGUACCUUAAAUAUAGGAUGAAGCAUCCCGAUAAUCCACCUUGCACCACUCAUGAGAACCCAGACAAGAAAUACCUCAUCUUCACUACUGGCUGUCUCACGUACUCACCUCACCAAAUAGGUAUCAAACAGCUACUUCCACAUCAAAUGACAACGGUGGGGCCAGUAUUGGGUGAGGAACGGGGUCCCAAUGAGUUUUUUGAUACCCUGGAUCAUAUAAUCAACAUCCAUGGUCACAUCAUAGGAAUGGGACUGUCCCCGGACCACAGGUACCUUUAUGUAAAUUGCCGUUCCUGGCCCCGAGACUCUGUUAUCUCAGACCCCAUGUACCCACCGCCGAUUGCAGAGGAAAUAGAAUUGCGUGUCUUUGAUCUAAAGAACCUUAGGGAGGUGACUGCUCCUCUCCGAGCUCAUCGUGCCUAUACACCCAAUAAUGAGUGCUUCUUCAUCUUCCUGGAUGUCAGCAAGGACUUUGUGGCAAGUGGAGCAGAGGACCGUUGUGGAUACAUCUGGGACCGGCAUUACAAUGUCUGCCUGGCUACUCUUCCUCAUGAGGACGUGGUGAACUCUGUGGCGUUUAGCCCUGUGGACCAGGAGUUACUUUUGAGUGCCAGCGAUGACUACACCAUCAAGGUCUGGCGCUCUCGCAGUUCCCUGCGCAGCGACCUUUUAGACCACCGUUGUACUUUCAGAUCAUUGUAUCCUUGGGAUUACAACUUCAAAAGCUGAGCGCUAAGGAAUACUGCCCAGCACUGCUCUGUAACGUAUGGUCCAGCAACCUUUCAAAUUAGGAUCUAUGCGUCUGCUUACCACGUAUUGGUUUUGUGUUUAUUGUUGCAGCACCCUGAAGAUUCAACUCAUAUGCAAAUAAAAUAGGAAUUACAGAGAUCCGUUAUCGAUCAUGAAAACCAAAUGUCUGGAGACCUUCAAGUUUAUUUCCAAUGUAAUACAUCCCUGGUUUUUCAUCCAGCAGGAGUAUACGUAGCUAGAAACUACUGAAAGAUACGCAGAAUACUGCAUUGCUUUAUUUAAAACCGAGUGAUUUCACUUUUAAUUUAUUAAACAGCUCCACAAUAAUUAAAAUAAUUACUUAUCCCAGUCUGUGUUAUAAUUAAUCUUCACUCAAGGGAGUUGUCCACAGUCACUGGUCUUUAGAAGACUAAUUGCAGUUAAAGGUAUUACAACCUACGUUUGCAAAGAAAUGUUUGUAAAAGUUUCAUGAUCAAAAGUAUGAAAAAUGAAUUAAAAAAAACAUACAUUCUCCGCCCUCAGGUCUUUAGUUGCUUACAUGUACAUAGCCGGUAGUGAGGUUGUGUUAAAGGGGCAUAAUACUUAUUUGCUAAAUCACUUGAAAGUGAUUCAGUAUAACUGUAAAAAGCUGUCAGGAAAAUAUCACCUAAACUAUGUAAAAAAAAAAGAUUUUUUACCUCCAAAAUUUCUUCAUCAGGGAACAGUUAUCCUUCAGCUGCUGUUCAGCUGCAGGUUGGAAAAAGAAAUAGCCAAUCAGCAUCAGCAAUGCUGAGGUUAUGCUUUGCUUUACUGUGAUAUCAUGAGAUUUUACUGAAAUCUAGUGAAAUGUCAUAGUAAACUUCCUUGUAAACUGAAUAGGGAAUUAACUUGACUGUGCCUGCACAUGCCAGAUGCACACUCCCUUGGAAGUCCUAGGACUAGCAUCCUGUUUCGCUGCUGAAAAUCCCUUUAAAAUGGUAUGUGGCUAAUGAGGAAAUUUUCCAUAUAACCUUAAAUUCUGCAAGUGGAAAGUCAUAGAAAAGGGUUUCAGGUCUAGUUUGUGCACACAAAACAUAGUAAUAAACCAGCCCUGAACGCAACUUCAGAGGUUAAUUUAAUUGGUAGCAUGUUCUUUUUAUCCUUUUAAUAUAUGAGAAUAAAUGAGUCUACAUUUUUUUUUUAAUAUUAGAGACAUUCCAGCCAGAAUUGGAAUCCACAUGGAUGCAUUUCACUUUUGAAUAGAAGCAUUUUUGUAAUAUACAUGCAAUAGCAAACAUGUUUAGAAUAAAAGCUCCAGCUGUUUGAAAAGUGUAUUUAAGUAUGCACCAUGCACCAGCAUUUUAAACACAACCCUUGACAGAGACACUAAGGUGCUUUGUACCAUCUGGUAAUGACUCUAUUUGUUAAUUACUGACAUGAUACAGCCCCACUGUUGCUCUGAGCAGCUGCAGUAUUUAAAAUGCUGGUGCGCUGAGAAUAUCUAGCUAUGCUUCACAUGCACGUGCAGAGAAAAAUGUUACCACUAAAACAGUGAUAACUUUUAUUAGAAGCGUUUUCGCUAUUACAUGUAUAUUGCAAAUAUUUUUCUAUUAAAAAACUGUAAUUAAUCUUUGUAUAUUUAAAAUGUGACCGUAAUGUCACUUUAUUUCUGUGUUUGAUCUAAAGGGUGUCCCUCUGAAAAGCAAAUAUUAGCAUUGAUUGUUUUAACAUUAUUUAUGUUUCUUUGUAUUCUGUUUGUCGUGCCUUGUGAAACCGCAACAUCACGAGCUGCGCAAUAAAUCAAUACGCACCAGCUGCAAAAGAA